AUGUAAUAAAUUAUUUAUAAUAUAUUUUACAAUAUUAUUUUUAUCAAAUAACCUUAUUCAUUGGAUGGAGAACAAAAAUUCUUCUUUGUUUCGAAUAAGGAUGUGGCAUCCUUUUGUUGUUUAAUUCGAUCAUCAUUUUAGGUUGAUAAGACCAUCACAGCAUUAUAAGGUGCGUAAGGUAACUGCAAUAAUAAAAAUAUUUGUGAUUUGAAUUAUUUUUGCAAUAAUCUGCAAGUUCAUAAGGAUAAGUUCUAUUUCAUAUUGACAGAAAAAAGAAAAGCAGAAACACAAAGUCGGAUGUCUUCUUAAGAUGACAAUAACAACCUUUAAUUGUAAAAAUAAUAUAUUUUGUUUAAUAGUUAAAAUAAUCUCAAAUUUAUCACCAGUCCUAGUAGGAGUGAUGCUCAUUAAUCAGUUAAUUUCCCUUAUGAUUAUAAUCCUACUCCAGGUUUAAGAUCAUCUAUAACAAUAAUGGAUUAAUUAUUAAAUUUAGGUAAUUGAGC